GGUCAAAAUCUUGGGGUUUCCUCUCGGCGCUUGCGCAGAACCUACAGUUCCUAAAGCGACGUCAGCUUUGUCGUAUUAAGGGUUCAGAAAAGCGACGUGGACGUUCUAGUCAAGAGAAAACUCGCAAGACAGCAGCAGUGCAGGGAGUGUUAAGGCAGUCACCAUGGACCAGGUUAUGCAGUUCGUUGAACCCAGUCGUCAGUUUGUGAAGGACUCCAUUAGACUUGUCAAAAGGUGUACAAAGCCAGACCGAAAAGAAUUCCAGAAGAUUGCCAUGGCAACGGCAAUUGGUUUUGCAAUUAUGGGAUUCAUUGGCUUUUUCGUGAAACUUAUCCACAUCCCCAUCAACAACAUCAUUGUUGGUGGUUAAACAUCUUGCCUGCUGAAAGACUAUGACCUGACCUACAAAUGUGGACUGAAGAGAGGUGUGAAGCAUGGCGGGGGGGGGGUUGAGAGACUGAUUUUUACAUUCAUUGUAUAUUUGUAUUUGGCUGUGUUUAAUAGUGUUAAUAAAUGUGGGGGAUAAACUGAA